AUGAAAUAUAUUUUCUUGUUUAUCGUUCUUAUUUGUACCAUCCAUGGUCUGACAGUUCAUGCAUCACCUCUCCAUGAGGUUAGAUCUAGUCUUCUCAUGAAACGUUGUACAACCGGUGGCCAACUUGGAGAUUGUGGUAUUGGAGGCGAAUGUGUUACUGAUGAUGAUUGUUUGCCGGGUCUUUAUUGUGAUACCAUUGUUGGAGUAUGCUAUGACUGA